AUGAGCUCCUUCCGCCUGCGCAUUGCCAACGCGCGCCAGAUCGUGCAGGUCUGCGCGCACGGCGAACUGUUCAAGGCCGGCGCCGCCCAGAAGGACCUGGCCGUGCUCGAGAACGCGUCGCUGGUCGUGGACCUGGCCGGCAAGAUCGCGUCCGUCGGCCCCGCUGCGGACGUGGAGAAGUGGCUGAGCGCUCAGCCGCAGCCCGUGACCUUCGAGAAGGAUGUGGACGCCCGUGACAUGGUGGUGCUGCCUGGCUUUGUGGACGCGCACACGCACCCGGUGUGGAGCGGCAACCGCGUCAACGAGUUCGCCAUGAAGCUGGCCGGCGCCACGUACAUGGAAGUGCACGAGAGUGGCGGCGGUAUCAAUAACACUGUGCGCCACACCAAGAAGAGCUCGGAGGCCGAGCUGUCGGCGCUGCUGCGGACGCGUCUGGACCGCAUGCUGCGUUGCGGCACCACGCUCAUCGAGGCCAAAAGCGGCUACGGACUGGAGACCGACACGGAGCUCAAGAUGCUGCGCGUGCUGCACGCUGCGUCCACGGAUGAUGACGCGCACCCGGUCGAGAUUGUGUCCAACUACCUGGGUGGCCACUCGGUUCCGGACGGAAUGACGGCUGCCGCUGCUACGGACGACAUUGUGAACAAGCAGAUCCCGGCACUCGUGCAGGCCAAGAAGGACGGCCACAUUUCGCCCGAGUUCAUCGACGUUUUCUGCGAGAAGGGCGUGUUCGAGCACGACGACACUCGUCGCAUCUUGGAGGCUGGCAAGAAGGCCGGACUGGAGAUCAACUUCCACGGAGACGAGAUGCACCCCAUGCAGUCCGGCACAAUGGCUGCCGAUCUGGGCGCUCGUGCCAUCUCUCACUGUGAGAUGCUGACGCCCGAGGAUCUUCAGGCUAUGGCUGCCCACAAGCCGGAGCCUGUGUUCGCCGUGCUGCUGCCGACGACCAAGUUCAUCCUCAAGCUGCCCAACCCUCCGGCUCGUGACAUGAUCGCUGCUGGUGUCCCCGUGGCUCUCGGCAGUGACUACAACCCGAACGCACACUGCCUCUCCAUGGCGUUGACCAUGAACAUGGCCUGCGUGCAGUUCGGCAUGACCAUGACGGAAGCUCUCGUGGGCGCAACCAUCAAUGCUGCUGCGUCGAUCAACCGUUCGGCUACCCACGGCAGUCUGGAAGUUGGCAAGCAGGGUGACUUGGUGCUGAUGCGCGCGAACCAGUGGGAGCAGAUCAUCUACGAAAUGGGCGACCCUCCCAUCGAGCACGUGGUCAAGAAGGGUGUCUUCUACCCCACCCACUGA